ACGAACCUUCUCCAGAACUCUUCUUCUCCUUUUCGAGCUUUAUACCUUCCCGCCAACAGCGAGUGUAGAAUCUUCUUCCCCAAGACCUCUAACAUGAAUAUUCCGACGCGAAGAUCACCGGGUAAAUUAACGGAAGCUCCUCGCUCCGUCGGUGGAAGAAUUCAGAGGAAACCGCUUGCGGAUUGUACCAAUAUCGUCUCCAGAUCUUCUCAACAGUCAUCUUCUUCAGUCAAAUUCGCGAAUCCUAGUCUCACUUCUUCUCUUAAGAGGUUAGUUGAUCAAACGAAGAUCAAGGAGACACAGAAACCCAAAGAUGUUAUUACUUCUGAGGCCGCUUCUCCGUCUCCUGCUCCUGCCACGAAGGUUAGACCCGUCACUCGCCGUAUGUCCGCCGAUCUCGCUUCUCCGGCCUCUGCUCCUUCUCGUCCUCAAACAUCGCGCACUGAAUUGGGCGUUAGUGACAAGGAGUUUGCAGAGCCUUGGUCUGUAUACACGGUGAGAAGGAAAAGGAAUAAACGCACAUCUUCUUCCUCUAGUGCAGUGGCUCGCAUGCCUCUGGACUUGACAUCAAGCUCCGGGAAGAAAACAUGGCAAGCAAAUGUAAAAACGAAGCCCUUGAAAGUAGCUCCUAAAAAGAGGCAACGGACGGUAAAGCAAGAGAACGAGAAUUCGGUUCAUGCAGCUUCUCGUGAUUAUAUCGAGAAGCAGAAAGCAUACUUUGCAGAGAUCGAUGCAUUUGAGCUGCCAGUAGAAGAUGCAUCUAGUGGCGACUCAGACUAAGUAAGAAGAGAUAACAAUCUUAAGGAUAUCAUAGAGAGUUAGAGACACCAUAACCCGUUCGUAUUCACUGUAUAGCUAAGGAGUCUUCUCACAGGGAAUGUUCCACUGGUCACUUAGUACAGAUGACAAGCCAACCUUUGUGUAUACAACAGAUCUAUCGGUUUAUAAUAUUUGACAUCAUUUCAGUGGGAGAAAGUUCUUGGUUCAAGAUAAACAUGAAUUGACAAAAA